GAUUAUGUCUAGACACGUAGACGUACUGCGGGAUGGAUGGACCUUCGGGAGAGCUCCACGAUGACCAAAACGAGAAUGAAGAUAAUAACAUUGGUUCUUGGAAUCAAGAAGAUGGUGUCCAUCAGCAGGGUGAUGACAAACAAGAUGCUUCAUUACAGGAUGCUCCAUUACAAGAUGCUUCAUUACAGGAUGCUCCAUUACAAGAUGCCUCGUUACAGGAUGCUCCAUUACAGGAUACUCCGUUACAGGAUGAUCAAACCAGGAUGAUGGCAGCUUUAGCCCAAAAGUUGUUCGUAAAAAAGUAUGAGCCAGGAAGCAAAUGGGCUGAAAUUAAGAAAUAUCGACAAGAAAUAACUGAAAUGCGACAACGUAGACACAGAGCUGAAGAGACUUUAAAGGAUACAAUUGAACAACUUUUGGGCUUAAAAACAGAAAAUGAGACCCUGGAAGAGGAGCGUGAAAUGCUAGAAAACACUCUUGAGGAACUGAAGGAGUGGCUUCCUUAUUAUAAAAUGGAAAAUGAGAUCUUAACAGGAGAAAUCUUCCAGAGAGUAAAAGAGACCAUUAUAUCCUCACCACACAUCCUGGAUGAACAUCUCAAGGAUCCAAUUGAAACAGCAGCAGAAUUUAAAGAGAAGGCAAAAGAGAUGCUAAGAUGCCAUCUUGAAGUCAGUAAGUCCGAAGCAGAAUUCGUUGAGCUCUGCAGGAAGACCUAUCAACGCUACAAAGAAUUUAUACUUCGAGCUGCUGGAGAUACAAAGAGGACUAAACGAGAAGUCUCUGUGAUGCUGAAAAAGCUCAAUGCCUGUGAGCUACUGCAAGAAGAACAGAAUAAGAGGGGCAGAGCUGCCGAAGCAGAAAACAGAAGGCUUCAUGGCCGACAGAGAGGAUUGGUAGAGGAUGUAGAUUCUGUCCAGAAGGAAGUCAUUGAAAAUGAGGAGUCCUUGUCAGAGGAGUUGGCCGAUGAACUUUUUUCUGAAGUUACUUUGGUAUUUGAAGAGGCUCUGCCUGAAGGAGGAGGAGGAGAGGAAGAAAAAGCAGCAGCAAAAGAAGAGCGUGCCUUACCUGAAGAACCUCCAUCCCUUGAGUAUAAGGAGCCAACACCCGAUGAGGAAUAUGAGGCGAGUACUACCAAUUCGAAUGAAUCCAUAUUGGAUGAGGAGACCCCAGGCUCUGAAGAAGCCAAAGAAGAAUUACAUGAAAUGCCUAAGUUUACAUCUUGGCAAAAAUCAAAAAUUGCAGUCGCUUUUGGAUUAAAGAGGAAGAUGAAAUUAGCUGCCAAAUGGGACAUCUUAAGGGAACAAUGGGAGGCAGAGAGGGAGAGAAACAAAGAAAUGCAACUGGAAAAAGCAAGGAAAGAAAAGGAAUGUAAACAAAGAGCUAUAGAAGAACGAUACAGCAUCAUGUUAGAACAAAAGAGACAACGAGAAAAAGUAUUGCAAGAACAGGAAGAACAAUGUGCUGAGCUAAGACAAGUACUAACUAAAAAAAUAAGAGAGGAUGACGCAACUUUACUACCUAUGCCUGAGGACAUCAUUGCCAUUGGUGAAAUCUUGCUGCUUGUAAUAGAAAUGGAAGAUAGUUUACAAAGGCUCAUGAUUGAAAAUAAGGUUUCAGUGGUUGAACUCAAGGAAAAAGCUGAAAAGAGAUUGAAACUUUACAAGGAAACAAUCAGCUGUAUUCGUAAUAUGGUGAGGAAAUGUAAACAAGAAGUUGUUCAUUAUCAGGAAAAACUUAAUGAUGCUAUGAGUGUGUUGGAAGAUACUAUUCUGCGUAACAGAGCCCUAGAAGAAGAGAACAAACAACUUAAAAGCUUAAUGAAGUCAUCUGGAAUGGUAUUUCCAGAUGAACAAGCAUUACCUUCUCAUCAAAAGAUGAAGCCUCAGGUUGUACAAAAACGUGAACCAGAAGUGGAGCUUAUUGAGCCUAAGCUUAAACAAUCAAGUGAGCCUGAACAUGAGAAAGGAGAACUGGAUGACCUUCAGGUUAAAGAAGCCAUUUUAAUUCAACAUGAGCCUGAGCCUGUACCUCUACCUGUACCUGAGCAAGAGCCCGAACUUGAGCCAGUGCCCAAGACUGAGCCUAAGCUUGAUGCUGUGCCAGAGCCCGAGCCUGAGCUUGAUGCUGUGCCAGAGCCUGAGCCUGUGCUUGAUGCUGUGCCAGAGCUUGAGCCUAAGCUUGAUGCUGUGCCAGAGGGUGAGACUAAGCUUGAUGCUGUGCCAGAGCUUGAGCCUAAGCUUGAUGCCAUGCCAGAACCUGCACCUAAGCUUGAUGCUGUGCCAGAGCUUGUGCCUAAGCCUAAGCCGGAACCUGCACCCGAAACCGAGCAGUAUACUGAACCCAAACCUGAACCUGAAUCCUUGCCUGUAUUUGAGUUUGAACCUGAACUUGGAACUGUUUUUAUAUCUGAACAUGAACCUAAACCUCCAAGUGAAUCUCAGCCUAAAUUUGAACCUGAAAUGGUAGAUUCAGCUGAGCAUACUCUUGAUCGUGAAAGAUUAGCUGAGCCUGAACCUGAUGAAAAAUUACUGGUUGACCCUAAGGAAAGAAAAUCUGAUCUUGAGCCUGAGCCUGGAUCUGAAAAGGAAAAAGUAUAUCUACCUGAGCAUGAAGGGGUUUCAUUACAUGAGCCUUUGACCAAAACUUUAUUUGAUGCUGAAAUGGAUAAUCAACAGGAUCCUAAAAUAUCAGUUGAAUCUGAGUUUAAGCACAAGGUGGAAAAAGCAGAAUCUGGUUUUCAACCUCAAUUGGAGACUGAGGAAGAAAAAGUAGUUGAGCGAGAACCUGAACCCGAAAAAGGAAUAGUGCUUGACAUUUGCUCUGAUAUGAAGUUAUCCCAUGAGCCUGAGCCUCUGCAUGAACCUGAAAUUCAACCAUCAGUGGAAGUAUUGACUGAACAUAAGGAGGAAGAACCAGGAGGGCUUGAAACGAAAGUGUUAGUGAAGCCUGAGCCUGAGAAAGAACCAGAUGGGUUUCAAACAGAAGCAUUAGUUAAGGCUGAGCUUGAGGAAGAAACUGAGGCAACAGGAACAACCAAACCUCAGCUUAAAUUGGAGGAAGAGAAACUUUCUGGCCAUAAGUAUGAUGUAUCUACAUUGCCCAUAAUUGAACCAGAGAAUGGGCCUGAGACAGCAUGUUUAUUAGAGCCUGAGAUUAUGGCUGUUGAAAGUAUGUCUUCUGUUCCAGGGUUUGAAUCUGAAACUGGAAUAUUGCCAGAAAAUGAACAUGAUAUGAUGCCAGACACUACAAAUGCAACUAAGGAACGAAAAUUAUCAGAGCCUGAAACUCUUGUUGGACCUUCUACAUUUCUUGACACUAUUCCUGAGCAAGAAACAUUUACUGAACCUGAACUUACUAAGGAGGAGGAGAAAGCACUGAUUGAGGUUGAACUUAGGCCUGAUACCAAGACAUUAGAUAAACUUAAAUAUAUGCCUGAGGGGGAAACACUGAUGGAAUCAGAACCUGAACCUGACACAGAUAUAUUGGCAGAGUUUGAACCUAAUUAUGAAACUGGAGCAAUGGAGGAAUUCACACCAAAAAUGGAAACUCUACUUGAAUUUGACCUGGAGCCUGAGCUGGGAACAUCAGCCGAGUCUGAGGCUGAGGUAGGAGCUUUAGUUGGACCAGAUGUGGAAUUUCAACCACCAUCCGCAAGACUUAAAAAGAAGAAAAGAAAGAAGAAAAAGAAAAAGAAGUUCAAGACACAAUUACAGAGUUUACAAGAACUGGUAAAAAGGUGCACGCUUGAGAAGAGUAUUCAGCCAAUGAAAUACCCUCCUUUGCGGUAUUAAAUUGUAGAAACAACUUGAACUUUCUGAGAAACUCAUAAAGAACAGCAAUGUGGUGAUGAUGGAUAUAUUGAUCAGAAGAUGCAUUCACGAUAAUGAGGGAUCUGUGGACUGCUAAACUGCUUUAAUGUAGGUGAACAAAAAUGAAUCUGAAUCUCUGGGGAAGUGAGCCUCACAUAUUAUUGUAUAAUUUCAAAGGUUCAUCUGAAGAGAAAGAGGUCCUUUACUGAUGCCUCAUGUCAUGAUUGUAUAAUUAGUCCCUCAAUAUAUACUGUGUGUUUGUGCCCUUCCUGAAAUGAUCCAGCAUAUACAGUUGCUCUUUAAUUGUGCCACCUUCAGGAAGGAAUAAUCUGACUGGGUAAACAUUGAAAUGUUGGUCCUAAGAUGACAGGAGUAAGACUGAAUGCCAUGUAAGUUCAUGUUCUGAUCCAUCUUAUGCACAAUUCUUGCCAAGCUUGAUGACACUACCAGGUUCCAUAUAGGCACUGGAAGAAUAAGAAGCAGAAAUGACAGCUCAGGACAGCUGCAGUUCUCAUUCAGUGCAGAAUUUCAAAUAUAUUUCCAUGGAGCAGGUUCUCUUAUGGGGUGACAGGAAAGUAAAGACAUUGCAGGAGGUGUUUGGAGAACUGUUAAUAUGAGACAAGUGUUUGGGGGGAUAAAACAGGAGAAUCAGCAGGCAAUUUGACCUGUGGACUCUUGACCCCAGACGCCGAACCUGUGCAAUUUGUAUAUAUCAUUUGUAUCUUUGUAAAUUUCUGAAUUUG